GAAUAAUGCCUUAGGAAAGCUGGGAAAAAUCUUUUGUAGGGUUUCUUCUUUCUUUCAACCCCACCCCUUUAUUCAGAUGAUUAUUAGUAAGCUCAGAAAAUAUAACAUAUCUUGCAAAGUUCUUUUCUAGAGUUGCUGAUUAUAGGAAAGGAGCAGUGGAGUAGCUCUGGCCUACUCCCUCAAUCAAUCAAAUAUUUAUUUACCUAUACCCUGCCAUGACAGCACUCUGCUAGAUGCUGUGUAGAAUAUGGACGUACAAGAUAUUGCUCUUGUUAUAAAAGUCUUGAAAUUUAGUCAAGUUUAAAAUGAAUAAAACAACAGAAGCAAGAUAGUCUACUAUUGAGAGCUAGGUUUUGUAAUAUUUGUAAUUCAUAAAUAUUUAGAUUUUCAAAGAAUAUUAGAGAAAACUGAAAUAGGGGAUGUAUGGUGAAUGAAAGCUUGAAUUGGGAAAUCAUUUGCAUUUGAAUGGGCAGAAGAAAGAAAUGAGUAUCCUAAAUGAUAACAAUGUAAGUAAAAGUAUAGUUAGUGAGAACAGUAUAACUAGAGUAAAAAAAUGUAAUCUUCUCCAAACCCCUGUAGUAAGCCAAUAAGAGCAUAAAACUCAGUUUUUCUGCUGCUUUUUAUUUUCUUUACAAUUCUUAGAAGAGACAGGAAUUAUGCCUUAGGGGAAAUGAAAGACUUGCAGCAAUAGCUCACUUUUUUUUCCUCACACCCUGGGGCUUUAGGAGAGAUAGCCCUAUGGUCCUUCAUCUCCCAAGUUAGUGUGGGUUAAUUCUGUGUGGUAUCCCCAGAAGGAGCUCACCACCCAUCAAGGUCAACUGGAGGCAACCCUGAAGGAACUUCAGUCCCUGAAGAAUAUGCAGAAAGAUGCUAUAGCUGCUUACAAGGUGAGAAGCAGGGUAGAGGGGUUAUGAGAUAGAACUGAAACACCUUCCUUGUAACUUCAGCUAUAUGAGUAGAAAGGUGCCUGUACGUGUAUUAUGAAUACACUAAGUGGCACCUGGGCUACAGAAUUAGAAAAUAGACACUGAAGGGUGGAAAGAAAUAUAGCAGGGAAAUAAGUUCUCAAUGGUUGAUCAACAGAGAGAGCAGACUGACCUUUCUGUUAUAGGCUGAUGCUUCUGAUGGCUCAAUCACUAGGUGAUUGAUCUGAGGUUGAGAUCUGUCUGAUCUUUCCCUUUAUAUAUGGCAAAAUAAGGGAUUUAUCAGAAAAAUCCACUAAAGAUUAUUAUGUCCAAAGAAAUACAUUUCUUUUCUUUGGGUUUAUAACCAGGCUACCUCUGAUUGAAGGUCUCUCGGAUUGCUGGUUUUUUACCAUCCAAUUUGAUCUUUCCUAGCUUCCCCCAAACUAAAUAAACUAUUGCCUAGAGCUUCACAGGAGCUCUAGGAGAACAUUAAUAGUCAGAAACUUGGCAAAGCAGUCCCUAGGUUAUGGGGCUAAAUUGGGGCUUCUAUUUCUUCACUAAUUAUUCUAUGGAGGAGAAUCUUCUCUGGCUUUUGGCAUCUGGAAGAAGAAAUAUGUACAAUGAGGGAAAGAAGAAGGAUAGAUGGAAAUAAUGAUGUCUCCAGAGAAUGUUGUUUCUGUUGUAAGAGUUUCCAGUUCAGCUAUUACAGUCAACAUUCAUUCACUCAAAAAUUAUUUAUUGAGUGGUAAGGUAUUACACUAGAUACCAUAUUACACUAGGGUGGGAGACGGAUUAAUGGGACUAAGUAAUCCCAUUAAUAGCAAUAAAAUGACAACUGUGACAAUUAGUAUAAAUGAAAAUAAAGGGUACCAUGAGAACAUAUACAUGAAGAACUAAUCUAUGCUGAGACCCAGGAAUUGUUGCAAUAGAAGUACCUGAGUAAAUGAGCAUAAGAAGUUAGUUUUGGUGAAAUUGCUGGGGAUGAUAAAGUCCUGGGUGAUUAAGAGAAUGAGCAGAUAAAGGUGGAGAUCACUAGAAAUGAGGAGAAUAAGGAUCUGAGAAGCCUGGAUGUCAGAAGGAUGUUGCAGUACCUUAAGAAAGGGGUAUAGCAGUUAUCAAUUUCAGUGCUUCAGACAUUGUCCAUCUCCUGUUUCUUCUAUAUUGUCCUGGCAGUGGAAGUGGCAUCCCCCCAGCUCUGAUUUCUAGAUAAGAAUAGUUCUUUCAGCCUCCUUAUGGCCCCAGUUUAACAGCAUCACUUGGUAGACAUCACUUCUGGGUAGGAGGGUACUAUCAUUCAUUUUAGAAUGUUUAAUUAACCCCACAGCCUUAUUUAAUAUGGCAUUGGUUACCACCCCCAGUACUGCAAUAGGUACCUAGAGACCACUUUUGACUAUUUCAUUCCUGAACUAUUAUUAAACUAACUGAGAAAAACAAAGUAAGUCUCCCAAAGGACUCCUACUAUUUAAUAUAGUUGAGUGAUAAUACUCAAGAGCCAUUUUAAUGCAUCUUCCUGUUAUGGUAUUUCCCAAAUUGUAUGAGUACUGGUGGUGUGGACCCCCAUCCCCAAGUGCUAGUCUCAGUAAUUACCAUGGUGAUGAUCAUGGAGGUUUCCAGGAAAACAAGCUACAUCUGCAGCAACACAUCUCCUUGGAGUUUCUAAAGCUACAUCAGUUCCUGCAUGGCAAAGAAAAGAACAUUUUAAAUGAGCUCCGAGAAGAGGGGAAAGCCUUGAAUGAGGAGAUGGAGCUGAAUCUGAACCAGCUUCAGGAACAGUGUCUCCUAGCCAAGGAGAUGUUGGUGAGCAUCCAGGCACGGAUGGAACAGCAGAAUCCCUUCGACUUUCUCAAAGAUAUCUCAUCUCUCUUGGAUAGCUUGGAACAAGGAAUGAAGGUGCUGAUGCCCAGAGAGCUUAUCUCCAGAAAGCUGAACCCAGGCCUGUACAAAGGUCCCAUCCAAUACAUGAUGUGGAGGGAAAUGCAGUUUUCUCUCUCUCCAGGCCUAUCUUCAUUAACUCUGGACCCUAAAACAGCUCACCCAAAUCUGAUGCUCUCCAAAAAUCGAACCAGUGUGUGGCAUGGUGACAUUAAGCAGGUAAUGCCUGAUGAUCCAGAGAGGUUUGACUCAAGUGUGGCUGUGCUGGGCUCAAAAGGCUUCACAUCUGGAAAGUGGUACUGGGAAGUAGAAGUAGCAAAGAAGACAAAAUGGACAGUUGGAGUCGUCAGAGAAUCCAUCAUUCGGAAGGGCAGCUGUCCUCUAACUCCUGAGCAAGGAUUCUGGCUUUUAAGACUAAGGAACCAAAGUGACCUAAAGGCUCUGGAUUUGCCAUCUUGCAGCCUGAAACUGACUAACAACCUCAACAAGGUGGGCGUAUACCUUGAUUAUGAAGGAGGGCAGGUGUCCUUCUACAAUGCUAAAACCAUGACCCACAUUUACACCUUCACUAGCACUUUCACGGAGAAACUUUAUCCCUACUUCUGCCCUUGCCUUAAUGAUGGUGGAGAGAAUAAAGAACCCUUGCAUAUCUUACAUCCACAGUAAUUAGUCAUGCUAUUGUGUAAAUUCAGAGUGUUAUUAAAGAGGUAUUAAAAUAGUUUACCAG